AUGGAGGGAAGACUUGAAUUGUGUUACAAUCAUAUUUGGUUUGGAAUAUGUGCUAAUUAUAAUAAUUACUAUGUUUCUGGAACUGUUUGUAACUCAUUGGGUCAUUCACAAAGUGCUACAAGACAUUCUAGUUCAUUUUUGGAUUUACCAGGAAUUCCAUUGUUUCCUUUUGAGUUCUCAUGUUCUACCAUCACAGACUCUUUGUUGAAUUGUUCAAAAGAAGUUAUUGGUUGUUACAGCAGUACAUCCUUUUAUGGCUAUAAAUAUUCAGGAGUAACUUGUCAUGAUAGGUGCCUUCAUGGUGACAUUAAACUCUCAGGUUCAGGAUAUAGCUCUAUUGGUGUAAUUCAUGUAUGUGUAAAUGGUGUUUGGGGGACUGUCUGUAGCAAUGGCUUUGAUGAUGCUGAUGCUAGUGUAGCUUGUGCUCAAUUAGGAUUCUCACGUUAUGGUGUUUUACAUAAUCUGGAUAGAUAUUAUGACUCUUAUCAUGACCACCCUAUACAUUUUUAUCAUUUAAAUUGUACUGGAACUGAAUUAAGUAUUUGGGAAUGUCCAUUUAAUAAUACUGAACAAAAUUGCUAUUAUGCUGCACAUGUGAUAUGUCAGAUCAAUGAUGCCACUGUUGAUACUUCAUGUACAACUGGUGAUGUUAGAUUAGUUGGUGGUCCCAAUGAGUAUGAAGGAAGAGUUGAAAUAUGUUACAAUCAAAUGUGGGGAACUAUUUGUGACCAUUACUGGGAUACAACUGACGCUAAUGUUGUUUGCAAACAGCUUGGCCAUCAGACAAUCGGAUCAGUAUCAUUACGUGGCAGUUAUUAUGGACAAGGGCAAGCUCCAUAUGUUAUGGGAGAUAUGCAUUGCUCCAGUAGUCACAGUUCACUAAUGGAUUGUAAUCAAGACUUUAGAAGUUACAGAACACCGUAUUGUGGUAUAACUAACACAGCAGGUGUUGUAUGUUUAGGAUCCUGUAGUAAUGGUGAUGUAAGACUGAGUGGAUCAUCAGUGACAUAUGCUGGUCGUGUUGAACUGUGUGUUGAGAGAACAUGGACUACACUGUGUGAUCAAACAUGGGACUUUAAUGAUGCUGCAGUGGCUUGUAGACAACUUGGAUACUCUUCAUAUGGUGCUAUGCCAACAUACCAUUGCUAUACUGAGGGACAACUGUCAUUUGGUAUUACUAAUCUUGGUUGUACAGGCUCAGAACAACAUAUUUUUAACUGUACACACAGUAGUCCAUAUUUAUAUAACUGCAAGUCACAUAAUGAUGCUGGCUUAAUUUGUCAAAAAACUGUGCAGCAAUCUAAUUGCACUGAUGGUGAGAUAAGAUUGGUUAAUGGUAGUGGUCCUCAUGAAGGAAGAGUUGAAGUGUGUAUUAAUGAAGCAUGGGGUACUGUCUGUUCUAAUGGCUGGAGUAAUACUGAUGCUAAUGUAGUCUGUAAACAAUUAGGAUAUUUACCAAUAGGUGGAAGAGCAAGAUCUGGUAGUGAUCAUUUUGGUCCAGGAGUUGGUCCAAUACUGAUGGCUAGUGUUGAUUGUACUGGUAAUGAGGAAUCAUUAAUAGAGUGUAGGACAAGAUCAUGUGAUGCCACUAUUUGUUCUCAUCAUAAUGAUGCUGGGGUCACCUGUGAACGUAAUUGUACUAAUGGUGAGAUUAGAUUAGGUGAUGAUGCUGUCCUAAGGGGAAGAGUUGAAGUGUGUAUUAAUAACAUAUGGACUACAAUCUGUGCUAGCUAUUGGACUGACAAAGAAGCUACUGUGAUUUGCUCUCAGCUAGGAUACUCACAUUAUGGUGCAGUGGCUACUCGUGGGAUGUUUAUUGAUUAUGAGUGGCCAAUUGGCAUCUAUAAACUAAACUGUACUGGAGAUGAAGCAAACAUAUGGAAGUGUAUGUAUCAUACAAGUGGCAAUACAUAUGGACUUGAUUGUUCACAAGGCACUGAUGCAUCAGUAUUCUGCAUGCCUAAUAAUACACAGUAUGUUAAUUGUACUAAUGGUGAUGUUAGACUUGUUGGAGGUGAUGUAUUGAAUGAAGGCAAUGUACAAAUAUGCUACAAUAAUGCAUGGGGAUCAGUAUGUGAUAACCAAUGGGACUCUAGUGACAGUAAUGUGGUAUGCUAUCAAUUAGGACUACAACCUUUUGGAUCACAACCUUUUACUAACAAUUAUUUCAGUGUCAGUGACAAUCCUUCAUUUGUGAUCGGAGCCUUAUCUUGUUCAGGAUCAGAGGAAUCACUGUUAGAUUGUUCAAGGCACACAACUUCUGGUGCAUUAAUAAACUGUCAGAGUUAUGAAGUUGCUGGAGCUCGCUGUAUUGGAAGUUGUACUCAUGCCUAA